CGACAUGGUCCGCUGUGAAUGCUUCCCUCACGUUCUUUCCUCGUUUGCGCCGACGUUCUAAAGCGGUAUGGCACCAGAAGAAACACGCGAUACAUUGAGUACAUAAACAGCGCAUCAUGUCUACAAUGUCGAUGCUAUACAAAUCAACCGCUGUCCCCGACCUCGCUCACUCAGUCACCCACGAACCUCGAUUCUAACGUGCUACCGGGACCGACGGCACCGCUGCCCAACUCUCUUCCAACACAGAUACGAAUACAGCGGCAAAAGGAUCGCUGGCGCGGCGGGCAGAAUCUCACUGAGCGAUGCCAUCGCUUAGAGCGCUCGCUGCGCGGGAAAGAGGCCUACGGAGCCCACAGGAACACGCUAGUCGACCAGACGGAAGACGCUGAGCAUGCGGAUGCUUUGGCUGCCUCGUUGAAUAUCGGACCCCCGACUUUCCAUGGUCUGGUCGUGCCCGAAAAGCCGAAGGAGCCCCAGUCAGACGAAUGCUGCAUGUCUGGCUGUGCGGUCUGCGUGUACGAUAUAUACGAGGCCGCGCGUGAGGACUACAUGCGCGCCGUCGAUACCCUUCGUGCUGCUCUGGACGAGCGUGGAAUUCCAGAGCGCGAGUGGCCCGAAGGCAUUCGUCGCAGAAAGGCGAAGAACGCGGCCGCCCAGGCAGAGCCAAAGCAAGAGUCCCCACGGGAGGCCAUCACAAACGCAUUUGAGGCGUUUGAGCGGGCGCUGCGGGAGAAGAAGGAAAGGGGAACUGCGGGCGCUGAUGUAGAUUAUGACGACCCGGUCGGAUGCCCCCCGCGCUCUGUUAGGAAGUGGGCUGCGCCCAGCCGCGAGUUAUGGCUUCAUGCAAAUAAAUUGUGUCUGGCAAGGGUCAUCACACAAGCGUUCAGCGGUUUGCGGGGAGAUGCGACACGUACGAGGCCGCACUCGGACGUUCUACUCGGAUACGAACGUCUGCUGAGUCUCGACAUGGCUGGGCAUUUUUCGGGCGUGAUUGUCUCAAUUUCCAUGGGGUACCCACUCCUGCGUGUCCUUUCUGGUAAAAAGGGACUUAUGCUGUGCUUGUCAAUCUAA